GUCGCAACAUGGACUUUAUGCAACAGACGACACACACCGCUGGAAGAGGAGGUAAUGACUACAGCCUGUGUCGACUGAAGUUUGUCAACUUUGAGUCUCAUAAGAACCACAUUUUCCAUGAGACCCAGGGGCUGAGCAGAGAGCAGCUGGUGGUGCGACGUGGGAAACCCUUCAGAGUCACUCUGCUGUUCCAGGGCCGUUCAGUCAGCCGUCACACACAGGCCCUGGACCUGGAGGUUCAGCUAGGUCAACUUUCAGAAAAAUUCCCAGUGAAGUUUUCCAAGGAGGGCUUUGAGUCUUGCUGCUGGUCGGCCAGAGUUUACCCUGAAGAUGUACGUACUCAGUCCAUCACCGUCCGCAUCUGCUCCCCCGUCGUUUCCUCGGUAGCGACGUACAACCUCCUCCUCCAUAUACACACUCCACACAACAGGAGGAGCUACCAGCUGGGCACAUUUGUGCUGCUCUGCAACCCAUGGCUAAAAGAUGAUCCAGUGUACCUGCCCUCGGAUGUUCAACUACAGGAGUAUGUGAGGAGUGAUUAUGGGCUGGUGUACACGGGCACCACUCAGAACAUCGGUCUGAGGCCCUGGUCCUUCGGUCAGUAUGAGCCUGGGGUGUUGGAGGCAUGUCUGAAGCUUCUGCAGGUCAGUCCACAGCAUCUGGACAACAAACACCACGACUACAUCCGCCGUUCAGAUGCCAUUUACCUUAGCAGGGUGGUGUGUGCGAUGGUGAACUGCAAUGAUGACCUGGGUGUUUUGGCGGGGAAGUGGAACGGCAGCUACAGUGAUGGCGUCCGGCCAACGGAGUGGAGCGGCAGCGCUGAAGUCCUACAACGCUGGGCAUCCUCCAACUGUAGCCCUGUCCGUUAUGGACAGUGUUGGGUGUUUGCAUCUGUCCUCUGCACUGUUAUGAGAGUACUGGGGAUUCCUUCCAGAGUUGUGACAGUGUUCAACGCUGCCCAUGACGUUAAUGCUAACCUGACAAUUGAAGAAUAUUACUCAAGCAGAGGGGAGAAGCUUGGCCUAUCGAAGGACAGCAUUUGGAACUUCCAUGUAUGGGUGGAGUGUUGGAUGAGGAGACCAGAUCUCGGUGCAGAGUUUGAUGGAUGGCAGGUCGUGGACCCCACCCCCCAGGAAAAGAGUGCAGGGGUCUACUGCUGUGGCCCCUGUCCAGUGGCCUCCAUCCAGAGGAGGAGUCUGGAAUCCCCAUAUGACACCUCCUUCAUUUACGCCUCCGUUGAUGCCAGUGUCAUAAGGCUGGUCGUCCGCGAUGGACUGGUGGUGGGACGGACUGUGGACACAGAGUUGGUGGGCCGGCUGAUUUGCACCAAAAGCAUCGGUUCGGACAGACCUGAGGAUCUGACACAGAAUUAUAAGAUCCAGAGACGGGUUAAAUCAUCACCGGGCAGAAACGGAUCCUUGCAGGGUUAUUUCAUGUCUUCACCUGCUUAUUCUUGUUCAAACCUAACUCCUUCGCAUUUUUCUUUGCCUGCCACAGUGGGACACGAAACAGGAGACACAUCACCCAGUCUGGAAGUGUCCCUGAACAUAGACAAGAUCCCAUCGGUGGGCGACAGCAUCUGUGUUUGUGUGACAGUCCGGAGCUGGUCAAGCAGUCGUAGGGUCCUGAUGGAACAUGUGAACGCUCAGCUGAAACAGUACGACAGCAGCCCACGCCAGAGCUUCUGGAGAACACACAAACAGGUGCACAUCCAGCCGGGAGAAGUUUUGACUCACCACCAUACCAUUUCUGCUUCUAAAUACAAGUCACUCCUGGCUAAUGAUGACAUUGUGAACGUGGCUGUGGUAAUAAAGGACAUGAGGACUCAAGAAAGAUUCCUGGCUGCACAGGAGAUCAGAAUAAGUCCACCUGAGAUAAGGAUAGAGAUUGAAGGAGGAGACAUCAUCCAGAUGAGUAAAGAGUACACAGCCCUGGUAUCCUUCACCAACAUGUUUACGGAGGUGCUGAGUGGAGCCGUGCUGGCUGUGGAGGGAUUCGGCCUCUUACAGAGCAAACACCAGACCAGACUGGUUCUGCUGCAGCCAGGUAAGACCAUGAACAUUAAGGUGUCCUUUGUGGCCUCUUCACCUGGGACUAAACUGCUGAUGGCCACAUUUUCACACAACAGCAGCCCUGGCGUCUUUUCCAGAAGCUUCCACAAGGUUUCUGUUGUGACUGAAUGAAACUUUAAAAUCUUUCCUCUUAAUACUUUCAACAACAAACAACCUCUUUGACCUUUUGUAGUGAAGUUUAUCUGUACAUAUUCUUGAGUGAAAUAAAUUUAUCCUCUGUGACAUGCACUGCAGCCAGCGAGAUUUUUAUUCUGUGUUAGAUUACACUGGUCUACAAUUUUUAUUUUUUAUUUUUUAGAAAUGAUCUGCUUCAGAGACUAAAUGUGCUAAAUGUUACACAUUUUAAUAACAUUAAUUGGAAAAGAAAUGACAAAAGUGCUGGUUUGCUGAUGUUUUCUACGUAUAUGAUAAAGUGUUAUUACACAUAUAUAUUGGUUUAUGUACAUUUAUACAUAGAUUUAUAAACUUUCUACUAAAUAAACCCUAUAAAGUGAAUGUAUUGUAAUGUGCAGACUGUGUUUUGAAGUAGAUCUGGUAGCUCUGAGACAAAUAUUCCUUUUGAGUUAAGUCCAUUCUCUUGCUAAUUCUCGAAUUUCACAUUUUGACCCGA